AUGAGUCCCACCGAAUCCUCAACAUCACCUAUAUUAUCCUCCACCACCACCACCGCCAACAGCCCCCGCCAGUUUCCGAAAUCCAAGCUCGUAUUCAUCUCCAUGACCGUCCUCCUCUCUCUCCUCCUCAUCUUCUUCAUCACUUCCUCCGCCUCCACCCGCCACCGCCACGCCUCCACCGCCCACCGCGAGGUCUGUCGUGCCUCCCGCAACCCCACCGCCUGCCAGGCCUCCCUAACAAAUUCCCCCACCGUCCUUCUUGCCGUCCAAUCCGCGGUCGCCGUCUCCUCCCGAAAUCUGGACACCGCCGUCGGGAUGGUGCAGGACGUCCUGGCGGAUCGGAACCGCUCGGACGCGGCACGCACGUGCCUGGAGAUCCUGCGGUAUGCCCGUCACCGGAUGAACCUGACUGGGGAGGCGUUGGCGCGUGAAGGCGGCUUGGGGGACGCGCGGGCGUGGGCGAGCGGGGCCCUGGCAUACGAGUACGGGUGCAUGGCGGGCCUCAAGAGCGUGAACGAGACGGAGACGGCUGGGUUCCUCAACUCAUCCCUGAUCCCGUCUACGUCGGACGUGCUCGGGAUGCUGGCCAGCUACUCCGCCUUUGGGGAAAAGACGGAGUUGUGGGCCCCACCGAGGACCGAGAGGGAAGGGUUCUGGGAGCCACUUGUGUCUUAUUCAUCUUCAUCUUCAUCUUCAUCUUAUUUCUCUAGAGGGGUGGAGCUGGGGUUGGAGGCGAACGUGAGCGUGUGCCGUGAAGGUGGGCCGUGCGAUUAUGGGACGGUGCAGGAGGCCGUGGAUGCGGCUCCCAAUAAUAGUGAUUGGCGCUUUGUGAUAGGGAUCAAGGCUGGGGUGUACGAGGAGACAGUUAGAGUCCCGUUGGAAAAGAAGAAUGUUGUCCUUCUCGGACAAGGCAUGGCCAACACCGUCAUUACAGCCAAUGCCAGUGUGGCCCACCACGGCCUCACCACUUACAAUACCGCCACAGUCGGUGUUCUUGGUGAUGGAUUCAUGGCAAGCGGUCUGACAAUACAGAACACAGCAGGUCCGGACGCUCAUCAAGCAGUAGCUUUCCGGUCCGACAGCGACCUUUCCAUCAUCCAAAACUGCCAAUUCAUAGGCAAUCAAGACACCCUUUAUGCCCACAGCCUGCGGCAGUACUACAAAUCGUGCCGCAUCCUAGGGAACAUUGAUUUCAUAUUUGGACACUCGGCUUCUUUUUUUGAGGACUGCCUCAUCUUAGUCACUCCUCGGCAAGUGGAUCCAGAGAAGGGCGAGAAUAAUGUAGUCACUGCCCACGCCAGAAUAGAUCCCGGCCAAUCAACGGGUUUUGUCUUCCGCAACUGCGUGAUCAACGGAACUGAUGCAUACAUGCGUCUGUAUCAUGCGAAACCCGGCGUGCAUAAGAAUUUCUUGGGCAGGCCGUGGAAAGAAUAUUCGAGGACGGUUUUCAUUAACUGCACGUUGGAGGCUCUUAUUGCGCCUGAUGGGUGGAUGCCCUGGGAUGGUGAUUUUGCAUUCAGCACCCUCUAUUUUGGUGAAUUUGGGAAUACCGGGCCUGGAUCUAAUGUGUCCGGCCGAGUAAACUGGAGUAGCCAGAUACCGACCGAGCAUGUGAAUUCAUACACAUUGGAAAAUUUCAUUCAGGGCGAUAGAUGGGUCACUGCAUCUUCUUGA